AUGCUGAUGGAGGUACCAGGUCUUAGCCUGGACGGUUCUAUAGCUCGAUACACCUGUAUCCACGACCCUACAGUUACAUUUCAAGCUGUAUGUAGACGUGAUCUUAACUCAUGGUAUUACAACUACACCAUGUGUCCACACCCGGAGAAUCUUUUCAUGGUGGGAAAACCAGAUAGAAAUAAAAUAGACAAAUUUUUCAAAAGAGUAACAGAUGGUGACUUAGGUACCUGUGAAAGUAAACCAGACCCUGUCAAGUUUUGGUUCGCGAACAAAAACGUGGAUAUAAUCAGUUUCAACAUGACUUUUGGCACCCUGCCUGCCGAUUUGGAAAAAAUAAUCCUUCAGGUUGUCAGAAGCAAUGAUGAUGUAUACUGGAUAAAGAAAUCAGACGACACACGUAGAGAAGUCUUUACAGAUCUAGAAUCCGCGGACACAAUUCACAUAGAAUAUUCACAAGGUGAACAGGGCUCCUACGGUAGAAACAUCAACGUAAAAGGUGUUUUGACAGACGGUACAAUGGCUAAUCUGUCUAUUUGUGAAAUAAAUGUCACAGGAAAUUACCGCAAUGGAAGAUGCAAUGGACCCCUAGAUUUUAAAUAUGGCACCGAAGCCUACUUCGACUCUGAAGAACUUCGAGUAAAAUGCUUACCGGGUUUUUACCAUCAUAAAGGAGUUGAUUUCGUAAAAUGUGACGACGAUACACUCAAUUGGCAUACAACCUACAUCGUAUGUGCUCCAGAGGAAGCGUUGAUACGAACAGAAGCAAGCAAUCCAGAUCAGAAGGCCCUGUUUGAUUUACAAGACGAUACCUGCUAUACACUCUCUGAAGGAACAGACAGAAUACUUGGAGUCAGCCCCAGUCCGGGAAACAACAUGGUCAUUACAGCUAUUUCAUUCAAGUUCAAAGAGGUAGAGCAGCGUAGAGCCUUCGUAAACCCUGUCUUUAAAAUGGAUGGCGUAAUGGUCAAUCCGAACUGCGUGCAAAGGACACAGAAGACUCUUACCAUAACCUGUACGUUCAACCCAGCUGGCAAAGGAGAAGAGAUCGAAAUUGUCCACAACUCAUCUUCUACGAUAUCCCUGUGUGAAAUACAUGUCAUAGGACACAUCAACGCAUACGAGUGUUUCCCACAGCAUCCUUACUUAUACCAGGGAAAGAUGAACCAUACCAUAUUUGGACAUGCCUGUGAGAGGUGGGACGGCGUACCAGCCAGCCAUCCAAUGACAUUUGAUUUUUUUCCUGAUUCUUCACGGACUCAGGCUGAAAAUUACUGUCGGGAUCCAAAUAAAAAUCAGUUCCGUCCUUGGUGCUUCAUCAAAAACUACACUGAAGAACAGCUCUGUCCAGUUGUAAAAUGUGAAGACAACUGUUCCAAACAAAAAGACGGAAAGGAUUACGGAGGUCAACUGAAUGUUACGAUCAUGGGUACAGAUUGCGUUGCCUGGAGCAGCAUUGACAGCAACAGUAGUGUCCAAAACCUUAAGAGCUUUACAAACUACUGCAGGAAUCCUGGGAAUGGGUACUCAUCCCCUUGGUGCUUUACAGGCUUGGACGGAACUUUUGAACGGUGUAACAACAUUCAGUGUCCGAAAGAGUUCAAAUACGUCCACUACAACCAACCGGAAGAUUUCACCGGUCACCUUUGGUUCCCAGAAUGUUAUUGGUUUGGAACAGAUCGUUUAAGACUUUUUGGAGUUAAUGUUACUGACGACUGGUUGCAAGACUGGAACAUACAGAAUAAUUCACGUCUUUAUUGCUUCGGAUCAGAUGAUCUAACUUUGACGGAGCUUCAUAUUGAAAGCUACGAUUUACCUACGACCACCAUUACAACAGAACCAACGACUGUGUCCACAACAACUUCCACUACGUCUACAACAACCAUAGAGGUCCUGACUACAACGACAGCUACAAUUUUAACAGAUACAUCAACCGCAUCCACCCUCACAGUGGUUACAACUUCAACCGCAACAGACGCAAAGAUCUCAUCCUUAGUACCAGCGACCACGACCACCACUAGCACAAAACCAACCACUUCCACUGGUCAUAUCUUCAGCGGAAGUACCACCCGAAGGACAAUAAUUUCAGAAACCCAAUGCUUUUGUAAAUGCAACAUGGAACCAUCUUUGUUGACGGAUGAAAUCGCCGAGGAGAGGAUCGCCCAAAUCAACAAAGAACUUUACAUCGAGAAGCAGAAACUGACGUCAUCGAUACGAAAACUGACGUCAGCUCAUGACGAAAGACCGUCUGCUACGUAUCUCGGUUCGUCUGCUAUAGCUAUUUUUAGCUGUGUGAUGCUGUUGGUCGUUCUACCCGAUUUAUUCAAAAUAAUCUACUAUUUUUACACUAUUUUUAGAAAUAGAAUUAAUGGGACCAGUGGCAAGUUGGUCCGACUGUAA